ACAUCAUAAGCUAAUCUUCGUCUCAGCAUUCAGAAAUCAAGUGGGGAAAAUGUCCGCGAGACCGGAGGAACUUUAUGGAGUGAAAGAGGAGCCCCAACGUCACCGACCCUCGACUAUGUGCAAACUAAUGCACGCUAAGGUUCUUCUUCUCAGACUGGAAGGUUUCAAAGGAUAUCUUGCUGAGCGGCCGGAGCUAGAAUCUCCUGGCGUUAAAGAGGAUGUUGAGCUCCCCCAAAUCAAAGAAGAGGAGGAGCCAGAGCCCUGUCAACAGAAGCAACUUCCAAUCAAAAAGGAGGAGGAAGAGGACGAGCAUAUCACUAGGUCAAAUGGUGAGCCCUUGAAGAGUGAAGAUGGUCCGAGUGAGGCUGGCAGAGAGGCGGUGCCUCCAAGCGGCUGCAGCAGCAGCUCAACAGAAGGAUUGCACACAGACAUUUUCAUCGCUCCAUCAAACAGAAGUGGCACUACAUCACACUCACCUUACAAUGAUGAUGGUCAUAAGAAAUCUCACAAUGACAACAAACUCUGCAAAUGCUCUCAGUGUGGGAAAACCUUUGGUACCAAGCAAACUUGUGAUGCACAUAUGAGGAGGUACACUGGCGAAAAACCUUUUUCCUGCUCAGUUUGUGAUCAAAGAUUUGCUCAAAAGCAAUAUUUGAAAGUACACAUAGGAACCCACACUGGUGAAAAACCUUUUUCCUGCUCAGUUUGUGGUCAAAGAUUCUCUCAAAAGCAACACCGACAAAGUCACAAAAGAACCCACACUGGCGAAAACCCUUUUUCCUGCUCAGUUUGUGGUCAAGCAUUCGCUCAAAAGCAAAACUUGAAAGUCCACAUGAGAACCCACACUUGGGAAAACCCUUUUUCCUGCUCAGUUUGUGGUCAAAGAUUCAGUCACAAGAGCAACUUAAAACAACACACAAGAACCCACACUGGCGAAAAACCCUUUUCCUGCUCAGUUUGUGGUCAAGGAUUCUCUCUAAAGCAACACCUACAAAGUCACCAAAGAACCCACACUGGCGAAAAACCUUUUUCCUGCUCAGUUUGUGGUCAAGGAUUCUCUCAAAAGCAAGACCGACAAAGUCACGAAAGAACCCACACUGGUGAAAAACCUUUUUCCUGCUCAGUUUGUGGUCAAGGAUUCGCUCAAAAGCAAUACCUAAAAGUCCACAUAAGAACCCACACUGGCGAAAAACCUUUUUCCUGUUCAGUUUGUGGUCAAAGAUUCGCUCAAAAGCCAAACUAGAAAGUCCACCUAAGAACCCACACUGGCGAAAAACCUUUUUCCUGCUCAGUUUGUGGUAAAGAUUCUCUCAUAAGCAAAACUUACAAAGUCACAAAAGAACCCACACUGGCGAAAAACCUUUCUCCUGCUCAGUUUGUGGUCAAGGAUUCACUCGAAAGCAUAACUUGAAAGUCCACAUAAGAACCCACACUGGCGAAAAACCUUUUUCCUGCUCAGUUUGUGGUCAAACAUUCAGUCACAAGAGCAACUUAAAACAACACACAAGAACCCACACUGGCGAAAAACCCUUUUCCUGCUCAGUUUGUGGUCAAGGAUUCUCUCAAAAGCAACACCUACAAAGUCACCAAAGAACCCACACUGGCGAAAAACCUUUUUCCUGCUCAGUUUGUGGUCAAGGAUUCUCUCAAAAGCAAAACUUGAAAGUCCACAUGAGAACCCACACUUGGGAAAACGCUUUUUCCUGCUCAGUUAGUGGUCAAAGAUUCAGUCACAAGAGCAACUUAAAACAACACACAAGAACCCACACUGGCGAAAAACCUUUUUCCUGCUCAGUUUGUGGUCAACGAUUCUCUCAAAAGGAACACUUAAAAGGACACACAAGAACCCACACUGGCGAAAAACCUUUUUUCCUGCUCAGUUUGUGAUAAAAGAUUCAGUCACAAGAGCACGUAAAAAAAAAAAAAACACUCAAGAACCCACACUGGCGAAAACCCUUUUUCCUGCUCAGUUUGUGGUCAAAGAUUCGCUCGAAAGCAAAACUUACAACAUCACGAAAGAACCCACACUGGCGAAAACGCUUUUCCUGCUCAAUUUGUGGUCAAAGAUUCGCUCAGACGAAUCGGAUGAAGAGACAGGUGUGUGUUGGUGUGAGAAGCAGUGGCCAAUGACUGUUUUGCCUGUCAUCCAUGCUGGCUUCAUCAGAUUUUGCAUGCAGGUUAGGUUGGGGGUUACGUUCGUAUUCGUGGUACACUUUAUUUUUGUGAUUGAAUUUUUGUUUGGACUCUGCCUUUUUGUGUUUUACCUUUUCUGGCCAUCAACGUCUUUCCCUUGGUUCUCUCGCUGACUGGCAUUAUUUAUAUCAUAAUCUCCCAUUCAAAGUACACUUGUCACAUUUGAUAUUUGAAACCGCAGUCCCCAAAUUCCAAAAAUUCAAAAUCAUUCAUAAAUAUUGUCAUUAAAUAAAUAUGGAAAUUUAGAAUAUAUUGUUCAAUAUUGCAAAAAAAAAAAAAAUUAAAAAAAAAAAAAAAAUGGCUAACAAAUGAGUUUUUUGUGUGGGGUUAAUGUAAAUAAAUAUAUUUUUUAAAUUACCAUUACUACUGGUGAUUGACAGAGUAUGAAGGCCAAAUAAAGAAAAACGAAGAAGAAGAAAAAAGGACUAUGACAGUAAAGUAGUGUUCUUACGACAAGAGUUUUUUUUAUUUUUCUUGUAGCAAGUCAAGUUUUGGUAUAUCAUUUUUGUUAAAAGUAAAUAUCUAAAUAAAUAGAAGACAUGGAAUCAUAUCUGUAUUUGGUUGAUGAAAUAUGUGUUGAAAAUGUUUUUGACAACUUGCUUGGUACAGGGGUCGCAUUGAACAAGGCGCUAUUGGAACGGAAACGUUCACUGUUGCCAUGGUUUUUUUGUAAUAAAUUCUACACAAACUUCCCCGUCUGUCUUCGAUCCAUGUUAUACGGCUCGCCG